ACCUUCGGCACGGCGUGAGCGGUGGCAGAGGCGGCAGCCGCCCGCCCUGCCCGCUGACAGCCGCCGUCUCUCGGCGGCCCCGGUGUCCGAGGCAGCUCUUCCCCGCCGAGCCGAGCGGAGCCGGCGGCGCGGCUGCGGCGGCAGGCGGGGGAGCGCUCCUCACCGCUCCGCCUCCGACCGCCGCCCGCUGCGGGGAUGUGUGAUUGCCAUGGCGAGGCGGCUCUUCCCGGGGGCCUGGCUGAGGAAGCCCCACUCCGCGCAGGUCCGUCUGUCAUAUGUGCGGAUCAAGUAUCUCUUCAUCUCCUGGUUGGUGGUGUUUGUUGGCAGCUGGAUUAUGUAUGUUCAGUACUCCACCUACACAGAACUCUGCAGAGGCCAUGACUGUAGGAAAAUAAUAUGUGAUAAAUACAAGACUGGUGUUAUUGAUGGAUCAGCAUGUAGUAGCCUUUGUGCUAAAGAAACAUUGUAUUUUGGAAAAUGUUUGUCAACAAGGCCCAAUAAUCAGAUCUAUUUAGGAAUCUGGGGAAAUCUGCAAAGUGUUAUAAAAUGCCAGAUGGAGGAAGCUGCUCAACUUGAUUUUGGUACUGACCCAGAACCAAGGAAGGAAAUAGUCCUAUUUGAUAAACCAACAAGAGGAACCACUGUUGAGAAAUUCAAAGAAAUGGUAUAUGGUCUUUUUAAAGCAAAACUGGGUGAACAAGGGAAUCUUUCAGAACUGGUUAAUCUCAUCCUGUCUUUUGCUGAUGGAAACAAAGAUGGAAGAGUCUCUUUGCCAGAGGCAAAAUCUGCAUGGGCACUCCUGCAGCUAGAAGAGUUUCUGUUAAUGGUGAUCUUGCAGGAUAAAGAACAUACUCCCAAGCUGAUGGGUUUUUGUGGGGACCUCUAUGUGACCGAAAGAGUUGAAUAUACCUCUCUCUAUGGAAUCAGCCUUCCAUGGAUUAUAGAACUCCUCAUUCCCUCUGGCUUCAGAAGAAGCAUGGACCAGUGGUUCACUCCAUCAUGGCCAAGAAAGGCAAAAAUAGCUAUAGGGCUUUUAGAAUUUGUGGAAGAUAUUUUCCACGGACCUUACGGAAACUUUCUUAUGUGUGAUACAAGUGCCAAAAACUUAGGAUAUAAUGAUAAAUAUGAUUUGAAAAUGAUGGACAUGAGAAAAAUAGUGCCAGAAAUUAAUUUGAAGGAAAUAAUUAAAGAUCGUCAAUGCGACUCAGAUUUAGACUGCAUUUAUGGUACAGACUGUAGAACACUUUGUGACCAAAGCAAAAUGAGAUGUACCACUGAAGUAAUUCAGCCAAACUUAGCAAAAGCUUGUCAGCUCCUUAAAGACUAUCUGCUUCGUGGUGCUCCUUCUGAUAUCCAUGAAGAACUAGAGAAACAACUGUACUUGUGCAUUGCCCUUAAAGUCACAGCAAAUCAGAUGGAAAUGGAGCAUUCUUUAAUACUCAAUAACUUAAAAACUUUACUGUGGAAGAAAAUUUCUCAUACAAAUGAUUCGUAGCUUCUCCACCAGCAGAAGAGAAUAUUGAUGCCUGCCACUAGAGGUGGCCCAAGACAUUUGAUAAAAACAAUCUGCACCUUUUUAAAAAGAUAUUUCUUUACUCAGAUUUUAUUAAUGAUUCUUUCAGUCCUGCCCUUCAGUCAGUAACUCAGGACAGGGCUUGUCAAAGAAUGAACACGCCACUGAAUGACCUGGCAGAGGCCAGAAGGUUGCCUGCUGUUCAGUGCUGUGUUACAGAAACAAGAACUCUGCAUGCUUGACUGUUCUGUGCACUUUGUGAGAUCUUGAACAGGAUGAAAGUGUUCACUGUGCCACCACAUCAGCUGAGGGAACAUCUUCAAUUUCUGUGAAAAACAUUGCUCACUUGUGAAACACCUGCAGAGGAUUUCUUUCCUAAGCAGUUUUAUGAAGAAUCACCACUACUGCAAGUAAUGUGUCCAAGUCCAAGCUGCUGUUAUGAAUAAACUGAACUGUGAGAUUGAAGUUUACUAAUAUCUUGGCAUGGCAGAAUUUGCACAUUAAAUAAUUUUUAACUGUGGAAAAUUACAAUUUUAUUCUAGAAUGGAUAGGUUAUAAUGAGACAAAUCAGAUUCUGUUUACACAUUGUUACCUCAUGCUUACGUGUUGA